AUGAAAGGAGGUGGUUUCAAAGUGAGGCCUACAACUAGAUGCAGUACUGCAACCAGAAGGCCAACUUAAGAGUUAGCCAUUUUAGAUUUGUAUUAAUAAACAACUAUCAAUCCCAUUCCUUAACUUAUUUUAACACCAACUUAAAGAACUCUACGAUCUCGACCUAAAACUGGCAUGAAAUUUACAAAUUAAUAUUUUACAGUGGCUACUCCAGAAAAUAAAUCAGAUCAUCAGAGACUUAAGACUAAUCAGGGUUCUUAAAGAAUAACCUUUUAAUCAACGAAAAAUUAAUUAGAAACCUUCACAGAUGGUUUAAUAAAGAAAUCGAGCAUCACACAUUUAGAUACUGAUAUUCCUUAAUAAUGUGAAUAGAAAUUUAAGACCUAGCCACUGGGUGGUUUAAAGGCUAAGCGCUCUAACUCCCAACAACAAGUAAAUACGACUUCCUUGAUUCAACAACAAAUUUCUAAUUUAGAUAGAUACUUAAUUUUAAGUAUUCUUGGACAAGGUUCCUAUGCAACUGUUAAAUUGGCUAGAGAUAAAUUUACAGAAAAGCUAAUUGCAAUUAAGAUAUACUCCAAAGCUAAAUUAUGUAAUCAGCAAAGGAGGCAGUAAUUGAAGAGAGAAAUCCAUAUUCUUAAAUUAUUGGAUCAUCCAAAUAUCAUUAAAUAUGUCAACACUAUAGAGACAUAAAUGGAUAUUAAUUUAGUUGUCGAAUAUGGUGGUUCUAAGAGUCUGCGAUCAUAUUUGAAAUAAUUUCCAAAUAGAAGACUUGAUGAAGGAGAUGCAAAACUACUAUUUAGAUAAAUUGUAAAAGCAGUGGAUUAUUGUCAUUCUUUGAAUAUAGUACACAGGGAUAUUAAACUUGAAAAUAUACUUUUAAAAGAUAAUAAUGAAAUUAAAUUGAUUGAUUUUGGAUUUUCAGUAUUAGUUAAUAGAGAUUGCAAGUUAGGAGUAUUUUGUGGAACGCCAAGUUACAUGGCUCCAGAAUUAGUCAAUAAAUAGGAUUACUUUGGUAAACCUGUUGAUGUCUGGGCCUUGGGAGUUUUAUUGUAUGUUCUAUUAACAGGACACUUUCCCUUUAAAGGAUCUAAUGAUGCUGACCUAUAUGGAUAAAUUAAAAAGGGGGUCUAUCUUAAAGCUAAUGUGUCCUCUUAGUGUCAAAAAUUAAUUUCACAAAUGUUAACCAUCAGGCCUAGCGAAAGGAUAACAACUUUAAGAAUCUUGUAAGACAGAUGGUUCAAUUCUUGA